CCUAUCUUUAUUUUCAAUAGUGGGAGGAUGGUCACAUGAUUACUAUUUUUAGAUGGACAAAAUGUCGGCAGAUCUAACGUUCGGAUCCGUACCGCCAUUUUAUCGAGAGGUGUACGAAAUUUUAUGUCCUAACCAAGAACAGGUUGACGAAGAUCUGCUGGUCAACCUUUUGCUGAAAUCAAGUUUACCAAGAGCGACAAUUACUCAAAUAUGGGAUGCUGUUGACAAUAAAUCAGGAUUUGUAAAUAGAAAUGGAUUGUACAAAGCUUUGGCACUUACAGCUCUUGCUCAGAAUGGGAAAACAAUACAUGAUAAACUAUUGGAAAGCUAUGCUGGUCAAGAGUUACCAAAGCCAUCUUUGGGUGAUUUAGGAGAUUUGAGAACAACUAGUGUCAAAUUACGAAGAGAGAAAAAUCCAAACAUUUUAGGUUACAACUAUAGAGAAUUGUGUGAUUUAGAUGCCAUCAAAGUGGAGCUGAUGCCUGAAAAGAAGGGAAUCAUAUUAAAACAUGUAGAAUACGAAGUUACUAGUCGGAACUACAAAACAACCGUCCUACGUCGUUACAAUGACUUCUUUGCAUUCCAAGAAAUGUUAAUGUUGAGAUUUCCAUAUAGAUUAGUACCGAGACUACCUCCAAAGAAAAUGAUGGGAGCAAAUAGAGAAUUUAUAGAACAGAGACGAAAGUCACUAAGAAGAUUUUGUAACUUAGUAGCCAGACAUCCUAAAAUGUAUGAUGACAAACUAGUCAAAUUCUUCUUGACUUUCAGUGGAUCAGAUAUGACCAACAAAAUAAAGGAGGUAUUCAGAGGAAUCCCAGAUGAGUUUAUGACAAGUAAUUUAGCCAGUAAAGCAAAGGAGUUAGUUCCCAUGGACACCCAACAACAGAUACAGAAUAGUAAAGAGCAUAUGAGAAUGUUAUACAAUGGUGUCACUAAGAUGAAGGAUAUAUCUGAGAAGUUGGUAAUGAGGGCCACUGGUUAUGCCUGUGAUAUGUUACAGUUUGGUCAGGAAUUAAGUUCCUUUAGCAAUGAUGCCACAAGUGUCUCUGCCUGGGCCACAGGUAGAAGUGAAACAUGGCAUCACCUCAAAAAAGGCUUUAAACAUCUGUCUGUGGAGUAUGCAGCAUUAGGGGACAAAGCUGCACAAGAGGCAGGAGAUACAGAUAGUGAAGUUGUAGAGAAAUUAUGUUUAUUUCAAGAUUUACUACUAGCUUAUAAAGAUCUUAAUGACAGACAUGAAAAAGGAGUUUUAAAUGACCACCAAAGAGCAAUAGCAAAAAUGGGAAGUUAUAAAAAGAAAAGAAUGUCAGCAACUGUUAACACAGCCCCUGAGGCAGGGACAGUAGAGCAAUUAGAACAGAAAAUUUUAGAACAAGAAAGUCAGAUAGCCAAUAUGGAAAAUAGAAAUUACUUUAGUUUACAUUGUUUGCAAAUGGAAACACAACUAAUUCAUGCAAAUUUAGAAAUAUUAUACGAUGUACUUGGUGAAAUGGCUGUUAUACAAGCUAAAUCACAUUCUGAGAUUGGAAAAGUAUGGAGUGAAAUAAAACCAAUUGUAGACAAUUUACAUGGUAGAGAUAGUUCAAGACCAAAUUCCCCAACAAGGACCUCACCGAUUGGUUCACCAAUGACAAGCAGUGGAGGAGGGUUGCCCAUGUGAUCAUGUGAUUAUAUUUCAUUCCAGGAGACAUCUGUUUUUGCAAUAAUAUCUAGUCACCUUGUAAACGACUGCUCCCUCAGCAAGACUUAUGAUAUUAUAUUAUCACUGCCCCAAUCAGGAUAUUAACAUAUGGUUAAGUGCUAGAUUCUAUUGAAAGAAUCAAAUGUUAAAUGUAUUCUAAGAAUGUUCAGAAUGCAAAUAACUAGACUUAACAUGCUAAUUUAAUCUUACAAUUGCCUAAUAAUCAAAUAUGAAUGGUUUGUCAUUUACAUGACUUGAUAAUCUAAGGUUGGAUAACUAACACACUGUUAUUAUUUUUUUUACAAUGCAUUCUUAAAACUUGUAUUUUCAUUGAUGAUUUAGAAUUACAAAGAAGCAUAAUUGUUGUACAUUAACAAAUGCUAUUAAAUGGAAAGUUACACCAUUUUUUGUAUAUUUUUUUAAGUUUUAUACCAAUUUACAGAAGGCAAUUGUCUCUGAAAAAAAAAAUUUCAGAGACAAGUGAUUGUGCAAUUCAGGGUUUUUAUGCAGUCUGAUAACUUUAAAAAAUGUUUUUUGUUGGGAGCAUUUUUUUUUAAUUUAUAGUGAGUUAUGAAAGGGUGUUCACUUUCAAAUUAUUAGAGUUUAUUAAUGAUAUUGGGAGGGUGGCACUGCAAUAAUAUAUAUUGAAACAUAUGGUCAUGACAUAUAUUUAUCAAUUUACACAGUUGAUAGUUUUUUUUAACUACUAGACAAUCUUCCAUCUAUUUAUAAUUUAAUUUGCUAAUGAUGGUAGAACAUUUAUGUAUUCUGUGUUCCAUACUAACAGAAAGUGUCAACUUUUAUGUAUUCUGUGUUCCAUACUAACAGAAAGUGUCAGUAAACUGAAGUUUUUCUGCAGUCAUUAUAAUUAUCCAUCUACUUUAAAUACUGAAAUUAUUGUGUGCAUUUACAAUGGCGUAUUUGCCAUUUCAGACUAAAUGCAAUUUUAAUUUUUGCAAUAUUGAAAAAAAUCCAGUUUAAUUCUUUAAUUUUUUUUUUUUAAAUGUGAGUUUUCAUUAUAGUGAUUAUGACCCUGUUGCAUUUUUCGCAAAAUUAAAAUAAAACAUCGCAACUAUUUCUAAAUUUACACUUCCUUCCAUUAAUGAGUUUCAGCUUGUUGUCAUGGUUACAUCACAACUGAAUUUCCUCAAGAAAACUGUUUUAAACAUUAUAUCACAUUGAUAAUGUAUCUGUAGUUUAAACAUAUUUUAUUGUUGAAAUUUAUAAAUGGAUCAAACAAAAGAUUUACAACUUAGUAACAUCUUCUUCAAAGACAUCAAAUAAAUAUUUCAGCAUACAAAAAUGUUAAGUUUAAUAUAACAAAAAAAAUAAUUAUUCUUAUGGUUGUAUAUAUAUUUUUUUAGCUAUGAGAAUGUAUUUUAUCAGUAGAAAAGAAAGAAUUAAAUUCUCAUUUUCAAAAUAAUAAAAUCACUACAUGUAACAGUUUUGUAUACCCAUUAGUAAAAAGAGUGAUUUUAGUAAUAAAAGUUUAUCAAGAUUUUUCUUAAUAUCCUAAAAUACCAUUCUUCACCCAAUAGAUAUAGGAAGAUGUGGUAUGAGUGAAAAUAAGACAACUCUCCAUCCAAAUAAAAAUUUAUAAAAGUAAAUUAUUAGAGGUCAAUGCCUUCAACAAGAAUAUUUAACAAAUAAAUGGUAAAAAGGGAAGUUUCUUAUUUUGUAUUUUAAAUGUCCUUAGUAAACAUAUUAUAUUAUAAUUAUCACUGAACUAGUAUAUAUUUGUUUAGGGGCCAGCUGAAGGACGCCUCCGGGUGUGGGAAUUUCUUGCUACAUUGAAGACCUGUUGGUGACCUUCUGCUGUUGUUUUUUUCUAUGGUCGGGUUGUUGUCUCUUUGACACAUUCCCAUUUCCAUUCUCAAUUUUAUACAUUAUUAAAGAUGUAGUUUGAUUGUUAGGUUAGGCUUUAGCAUUAUUAUCUAUUUCUAUACUGUAAAUUUAAAGAUUAUUGCAAUGUUUUUAUUAUCGCUAAAAAUGGGACAGGGUUAAAUCUCAUUAAUGUAAACUUGCAUUUUGAAAUUUUCAUAUGAAUUAAAACUAGUUUUUUUCUCAAUUUACCAAAAAUUUAAAAUUCACUCUAAUUUAGAAUGACAAAAUCGCAAUUAUAAUAGAUGCACGCGAUAAUUUCUGAAUUUACAGUAUUUUAUUGAAAAAAUCAUGCUCUGUUAUAAAUACAUGUUGGUUUCAUGAGUGUGAUAAUAAUUUGUUAAUCAGGUUAUAUAUAUUAAGCAUGAAAGUUAUUUAAACUUGAAGUUUCAUCGUAAAUGCUGCAGAAGAUGCAGAAUUUUUAUCUUAAUAUAUGUUGCUACAGGGUUGUACUUGUAACAAAUUGUACAUUAAAAACAAUAUAAUUUAAACCAGACCUGUGGUCAGAUGUAUGUACAAACACAAUAAUUGUAUAUUUUUAGAAUCAAAAUUUAUUAUGAGAAGUA